CGUUCGUUCGACUGUCGCAGGUGCAAGAAUCGCAUUUCAGAGGGUGUCGAACUUUGACGAAUCGUAGACGGCGGGGACCGUCGAAAUUCUCAGUUUCCCUCUGCAGUUCAUACCCACAAGACUUCGACAUGCUGUCCCGCCUUGCUCGUCGCGCGGCGCUUCCGACCGCUGGCGCCCGCUCCAUGGCCGCCAAGGCCGGUGCAUUUAAUUGGCAAGAUCCCCUCGAUCUCAACGGGGCCCUCACCGACGAAGAACGCAUGAUUCGCGACUCAGCGAACGCGUACUGCCAGCAAGAACUCUUGCCCCGAAUUGUCAAGGCGAAUCGCGAAGCUUCGUUUGACAAGAACAUCUUGAAGGAAAUGGGCGAAUUGGGAUUGCUCGGCCCCACGAUCAAGGGCUACGACUGCGCCGGCGUCGGCUAUGUAUCGUACGGGCUGAUUGCAAAUGCCGUCGAGCGCGUCGACAGUGCUUACCGCUCGGCCAUGAGUGUGCAAUCCUCGUUGGUGAUGUGGCCCAUCUACAAAUUCGGCACGGAAGAACAAAAGCAAAAGUACAUUCCCCAAUUGGCAUCGGGCAACUUGAUCGGGUGCUUUGGUUUGACCGAACCCAACCAUGGCUCGGACCCGAGCUCCAUGGAAACUCGCGCUCGUCUUGAUGGGGACCAUUUCGUCAUCAACGGCGCCAAGAACUGGAUUACGAACGCUCCCAUCGCCGACGUGUUCAUUAUCUGGGCCAAGGACGACCACGGCGACAUUCGAGGGUUCAUUCUUGAAAAGGACAUGCCCGGCCUCUCGACAUCGUAUAUUGAAGGCAAGGCCACCUUGAUGGCGUCUGCGACCGGCAUGAUUGCCUUGGAAGACGUGAAGGUGCCCAAGGAGAACAUGCUUCCUCAUGUCAAAGGCCUCAAGGGGCCAUUUACGUGCCUGAACAGCGCUCGCUACGGCAUUGCGUGGGGAUCUCUUGGCGCGGCUUACUCGUGCUUCGACAUUGCUCGCCAAUACACUUUGGACCGCAACCAAUUUGGCGCGCCACUUGCUGCCAACCAGUUGAUCCAGAAGAAGCUGGCGGACAUGUUGACCGAAAUCAACCUUGGGCUGUUUGCGUGCUUGCAAGUUGGUCGGUUGCAAGACCAAGGGCCGGUCGCGCCUGAAAUCAUCUCGAUCGUCAAGCGCAACUCGUGCGGCAAGGCGCUCGACAUUGCCCGCGCAGCGCGUGACAUGCUUGGCGGCAACGGUGUCUCGGACGAAUAUCACGUCGUCCGCCACUCGAUGAACUUGGAAGCCGUCAACACGUACGAAGGCACUCACGACGUCCACGCAUUGAUCUUGGGCCGCGCCAUCACGGGCAUUCCGUCCUUCGUGCCUCGCAUGGCCCCUUAAGCGUCACGUCUUGCCAAAACGAUCUAACACAUGCCGUCGCGGCACGCAUUGGAAUGCGCUGUUCACAGCUUGUUCUAUAGAAUCCAACCUUUUCCUUUGCA